AAAGGAAUCAGUUGUUCGUUUUACUACUCAUUCCUAGUUCCCAUAGCUACUAUGUUGUGAAGAAGAUGAACGGAUUUUAUUUGGUGUGAAAAAACUAUAGCAUAAAAAUAGUUUAAAUAUAGUUUAAAACUAUAUUUCCCGUUCCAGACACGCCAUGGGAAAAGUUAUCUAUUUAUGAAGAUUUUCUGCACAUAAUACUCUAUAAUAAAAGGCGAAUUAUGAGUUCAGGAAACAUGAGUUCGAAAAACCUGUCUGAGAUGGAUGACUCAAAUAAAUCAGAGGCAAAAUGCCCAUCUCAAGAACCUGCAAUUGAGAAACUCUCUGCCUCCAAAAGCAUUUCCCAGACUUCAGAGGUCAAGCAGGACAGACAUCUGAAUGGUGACCUUAUUAUAAAGGACAAAGCAAAUACUCAUUAUAAAGCAGGCAUGAAGGCUGUAGAUCAGCUAGAGUUUGAAAGGGCUGUCACUUGCUUCACAAAAGCCAUAACACUACAAACAGAACAGUCUCAACUUUAUGCAGCGAGAGCAGAGGCUUAUCUUCAGCUGUGUGACUUCAAGUCUGCAGUCCUGGAUUAUAAGCAUGUUUGUUACCUGGAACCACAGAAAAAGGCUUAUUUUCAUCGCCUUGCGUUUGUUUAUUACCUGCAGGGCCAGUGUUAUUGUGACCAGGGAAUGUUCAUUGAGGCUUUGGAUUCUUUUGAUAAAGCAGUUGAACUGAAGCCUGACUUUAGACCUUAUCACAUGAGAAGCUUGGCAUGUCUGACUGCACUGGGUCGUUACUCUGACGCUAUCCGGCUGGUCACUAACUGGCUCAAUAGUGAAACUCAAUCAGCUGACCUCUUCACACUAAGAGCACGUUUACACCAUCAACUCAAUCAGCUCACACUAUGUUACUAUGACCUGAAGGCAGCUCUGAGGCUUAAUCCGAGCUGUCUGGAGGCGCAGGCCUUGCUGGAGAUGAUGGAGAAGGGAGCCGAGUGCUCUCGCCAGCAGGCAGUGACUAAAGCUGUGGAGGGAGAGCUGUCUGAUGCCCUGAGAAAGAUUACCACAGCUCUAGAGCUGAACCCUGAAAAUGCACAAUAUUACCUUUUUAGAGGGAUACUGUACCGCAGACUGAAAGAUUUCACUGCUGCUGUAGAGGAUCUGAUGCUUGCUGUGGAGUUCAGUGGUGAUGGAGCAAAACAUCCCGAGGGGGAAAAGCCGGAGGAGUCUAAGGAUCUUGAACAAGAUGCCCAAGUCCAACUAGUGCUCACUUACAAUGAUUUUGCGGUCCAGUGCUUCACCCAAGGCUUCUACAGCGAGGCCACCAUGCUUCUCACGAAGGCCAUCCAUGAGCAGCGAGAUGAGAGUGGGCUCUUUAUAAACCGAGGAGACUGUUUCUUUAGGCAGAAGGAGUGGCUUUUUGCCCUGGCUGACUAUCAGCAGGCUGAGGAGUUGGACCCCCAAAAUACAGUCAUUUGGCUUCGUUUGGCUGUUAUUCACAACACACUGGGCCUGCAUAGUUAUGAGAACCUGAAUUUUCAGGAGGCAGCAGACAAGUUUUCUCUGGCCAUCAAGUACAACCCUGGCAUACCUCAGUACUAUGGGAAUCGUGUUAAGGCUCUUUUCAAGCUGCAGCACAUGGAGGAGGCCACACAGGAUGCUGUCUGUGCUCUCAUCUUAGAUCCUGCUAAUAAUGAGCUCGUCCCUCUGCUGCUCAGACUUUUCCCAGGCUGCUCUCUGUCAGAUGUCAUAUCCAGUGGCAUGGCUCAAACAGCCAAAGCUCGGCUGAUGGAAAGGAUCCAGUCCUGGAAACUAGCAAGCUUUCCUGUGUCAAGGCUCUCCGAUAAGCUAGAGAGGAUGGUCCUUAGACAUGACACUGACAGCCAGCUGAAAACAGGCUUAGAAAGGGCCUUAAGCAGAGCGAAUGUGAAGGGGAGAUUUAAACCUGUUGAAUACUCUCAAGAGUUAAUCAGGAGCAAGGAAAAGGUGAAUGAAGUAGUGAAGAAGCUCCUGCAUCAGAGGCAGUCUCUAAGUUACACUGGACCUCGUAUUGCUCCGAUUUGCAUUACACACAAUUCGGAGCUGGCAGCUCGCACUUUGAAGCAUCCGUAAUCCUUGGGGAACUUUGGAGGCAUGGGCUUUAACUGCUAAUGACAUGUCUGAAAGUAAAAGUAGUUACACUGGCUUCCAUAAAAUGUUUGAGCCUUAUGCAUGAGUUUAGCCUGAAACAAAGCUGGACAUGGAUGAAUCCAGUUAGAGUCUUAUAGUGUGUAGGUGCUUAUUUUUUAUUUUACUUGACUGCAGUAUAAAAGGAUUAUAGCACUCUGAUUGAAAAGUACUUACCAAGUUACCAAGUAUUUGUAAACUACAAUGUUGGAAAAGAGUUUGCUUCCCAAUUCAGGUAAUACAGAGUGAACUACAAGCACAAAGGA